CCCCCUCACCCCCGCUCCCUCCGUCUCCGCCAACCAUGGACCCAAGACGGUGGGCGGGGCUCUGUCCCCUCACAUCCUGGUCCCGGCUCCUCCCAAGCCCCCGCCCACUCUGCGGACCUACUCCCGCCCCAUCCUCCCCUCCCCGACGGGCACACCCAAAGCCCCGCCCACGCAGACCGCCUCCUCUGCCGUCACAGCCACCGCGGCUCCGCCCUCCUCCAACGCCACCGCCUCUACCAAGACCUCCACCAGCCUCACCAACGGGAACGCUCGGCCAGGCUCCACCCCCACCGCCAUCACGCCGUUCCACACGCCGGCCAGCCCACCUGGCAGACAGGGAUCAGCAGCCCAACCUGUGGGAACACCUGGCUCUGCACCAGCCAAUCAGAGCCCCUCACCUGUCAGGCUCCUGGGAAAGAGUCUCAAAGGGACCGGGCAGGACCAGGUGCUCCUGAGAGCUCAGAUGCUCUGUACUCUCCGGUCCGAGCGGUUCCUCUCAGACCGAGGCUUCACUCUCCCAGCAGCCACCGGGCCACGCCUCCUCGUCAGUCCUCUGCCCUGCACCCCAUCGCCGCCGCUCCGCCCGCUCAGGCUCCGCCCACCGGUCGGCGUCUGACCGGGACCAAGAGCUGUCCGUUACCUCAGCGGGGUUCUGCCCAGCUCGGCCCGUUAGCCUCCUCCAAGCAGUUCGAGCGCUCGCCGUCUGCGGCGCGGCAGCUCCAGAUCAUCGCCCUGUCCUCAGGCCGCCAGCCGCCGUCUGCGCCUGGACCCGCCCAGGACUCACCUCCUCUGACGUCCUCGUCCUCAGCUCCUCCUCACUCCGGUCCUGCCUCCUCUUCGGGUCAAACGGGCCCUCAAACACAAACUCUGACCCAGAAAACAGAACCAAAGCUCGGCUGUGAGAAGACCGGCGCCAAGGGGAGCGCAGGUAAAGACGUCCCUCUGGACAGGAUGAAGAAACGGACUGAGGAUGAGGAGGAGGACAUGGAUGUGACGGAGGAGGGAGAGAGGAGGAAGAGUGAGGAGGAGGAGGAGCAAAGAGAGACCCCCAUGGACCAGUCCGAGCCGGGUCUCCUUCAGAACCCUGCUCCUGAAACCAGUAAGGACUCCUCAAUGGUCUCAAAACCCAACCCAGUUCCCAUUUCAACUCAAACUCCAGUACCAGCACCAGUCCAGACACUGGAUCCAGGACCAGUACAGAAACCAGGACCGGUUCCGGUCCAGACAGCAGAUCAAGGACCAGUUCUGGUCCAAAAACUGACUCCUAGACCAGUUUCAGUCCAGACACAGGUUCCAGGACCCGUUUUGGUCCAGACAUCGAUAUUAGGACCAGUUCCAGGUCCAGUUUCAGACCAGACUCUGGAUCCAGGUCCAGUUUCAGUCCAGACUCUGGAUCCAGGUCCAGUUUUGGUUCCAGAGGUCUCAGUCCAGAAUCAGAAGCUGGUGGAGCCUCAGCGGGACCUGCAGCCCGUCAGUCAGGAGGACUUCUGUGAGAACAUGUCGACCCAGUCUGAUAAUCAGUCAGCCUUGUCCAGUCUGUCCUCUCAGUCCCCGCCCUCCUCCCCCUUCAUCCCCUCCUCAGUAGAAGCCCCGCCCCCUCUGCUCCCGCCUCCGACCGCCCACCCCACCGACCUCAGCCUGUCCCGGCAGGAGGACACGCCGGCGGAGGCGGAGUCUCUCUGCCAAUCAGAGGAUGAGUCUGAGAGCUUCGGCCAAUCACUGAGCGGGCCCUGGGAGAUGAAGGCGUGGCCUGAAGGCCGGCAGGUGCUGACUCACCUGGUGGAGGGCUUCGUCAUCCAGGAGGGGCUGGAGCCGUUUCCUGUCAACCGCUCCUCCCUGCUGGUACCGGACCAGGUGACCAAACCACAGGAAGUGAACGGGACCAGCGGGAGGCCGGCCCCGCCCCCGUCCCCCCCCCCCCCCCCGCCGCCUGCCACAGAACCGCUCAAACCCACCGAGCCGUCCACGGACUCCGAGGAGGACGGAGGACGAGACGCAGACGUCCCCGGGUCCAGACCGGCCCACAAGGACCGAGCCGUCCUGCACUGCCAGUUCUGUGGGAAACGAGGCCACGCCCACAACUUCAUGAGGUCCAAACGCUUCUGCUCCACUUCCUGUGCACGAGGGUUCAACGUCCGUCUGACGAAGCGCCUGCGAGCCCUGAGCGCUGGCAGCCGGGCCGAGAGGCCCCGCCCCACCCUGAACCGGGCCGAGUCGGUACCAGGGAAACCUCUGCUGCUGCGCCUGCCUCGGGAUCUGUGGAGCGCCGGGCGCCGCGAGAAGGAGGUGAAGGAGAGGCCGGUGGUGGCAGCAGAGCAGGAGGAGGAGGAGGAGGAGGAGGAGCUGGGAGUCGGAGGGGAGGAAGAUGACGAUGAUGAUGGAGGGGGGGAGGACCCCGCCGUCGUCAUGGCAGCCAGGAUGGAGCGCCGGGCGGCUCGCAGGGCGAGGAGGGCGUCGGCUCCUGCCGUCACCACUUCAGCUCCGGCCACGCCCACCACCACCUUCAGACCCRCCCCCUCACAGUGGAGCGUGGAGGAGGUGACGGCCUUCAUCCACGCGCUGCCGGGUGAGUUCAGACAAACUGCUGAGUCAGCGAACGGCGCUCUGAUUUACAAUCAGCUCCUGGGUCUGAUUAGACGUGUCGUAAAAACCUGGAACAGAACGAGACCACAGAACUGUCAGAGUCUGAC